UCCUUGGGAAACUCAGUCAGGAAAUUACUUUGGAGUGAGUAAACCAUUUCUAGCAGAGGCCACGAUGGAAACCGCAAAACUUUUCUACGUUUUAGCAUUAUUAGUCCUCGGAUGUUCAGCUGAAGAUUACUGUAGUGAGGAGCUCUGCCAAGUUGGUGACCCUCCAACUACAGCCAAGCAUAUUGAUUGCAACAACAACGGGAAAUUUGGGGCAGCAUGCUCUUCAAAUGCUCGUGUUGUCGAUAUUUCUGCACAACAAGACCUCAUCAUACAAAUGAUCAAUGUCCGUCGCAAUACUGUAGCUUUGGGAAAACUAAGUCCAUUCCCAACUGCCGCUAGAAUGCCCACCGUUACCUGGAGCAGCGACCUCAGUCGCCUGGCUGCUCUAAGCUCAAAGAGAUGCCUUGUGGAACACGACGCUUGCCGAAACACAUAUACUUUCCGAAAAGUCGCGCAAUUGGUAUUCCAACAAUAUAGUCAAGGUGUCAACAUAAACUAUCGUGAACAUCUCAUCAAGAUGAUCCAAACAUGGUACCAAAAAUACAAGGAUGCUGAUGAAGCUAAAAUUGCCAGCUAUACCAAAACAAAUCCAAACUACAGCCCAUUUGCAAUUUUGGUCAACCAAAAAGUAAUAAGCGUUGGAUGCGGAACUACAACCUGGAAAAACGAUGGUCGCCUGUUUGUCACAACCAUUUGUAACUUUGCAUCACGAAAUGAGGAAGGAAGUCCAGUAUACGAAUCUGGUGACACGGCAUCGAGUUGUACAACAGGUACAAAUCCUGAUUAUCCUGGAUUGUGCUCCAAGGAUGAGGAGGUUGAUCCAAAUUGAAAGUUUGGUUCGGUAUAAAAGGUGUCUAUGAAUGAGCAAAGUUGCUUACCUGGGUGCCAUGACCUUGCUUUAUAAAAAAAUUGAUGACAAUGAACUUACCUGAAAGGAAAAAGAGUAAAUAAAUUUAUUUCAAGGCUUUUAUCGUA